GGACGGCUAUUUUAUGUCCGUGUUUACUUUGCAGAACACCAUCUGCUCGGCUGUUAUGGCAACAUGCAGAGUGGCGCAAUCCACAGACCUGAAAGGGAUUUGAAAUGGGUGCUUCUCCUCUGAAACACAAAAGAAGACGUCUAAGAUUGUACUGAAAAGCAAUUGAUCUGAGAUGCUGGGGCAAGUUCCUCACAUAUGUGCUUUGCUGCCCAGCACAAAAGAUUGAAUUCCUGUGCAGUAAACUGCUACUUCUUAAGAGGAGAAAAUCAUAGAAUUGCUUUAUUAGAACUGGAACAGAGCUAGAGAAAAAACAAACAAAUUUAACUUGCAAUUGAAAAGACUUUACUUUGACAUCAAGGAAGGUUUUAAUGAAAAAAAGCAUAUAUUGCUUAUUAAGCACCCACAAUGUGUCAGACUCUGUUUUGAGUCCCAGGAGAAUCUUGUCUUCUUUUGAGCCUGCGCCAUGAGUUGGAUAUUCCUCAGAGACCUCCUAAGUGGAGUAAAUAAACACUCAACUGGGAUUGGGCGGAUUUGGCUGGCUGUUGUGUUCAUCUUCCGUUUGCUGGUCUACAUGGUGGCAGCAGAGCAUGUGUGGAAAGAUGAGCAGAAAGAGUUUGAGUGCAACAUUAGACAGCCUGGUUGUGAAAACGUGUGUUUUGACUACUUCUUCCCCAUCUCCCAGGUCAGACUUUGGGCCUUACAACUGAUCAUGGUCUCCACGCCUUCACUUCUGGUGGUUUUACAUGUAGCCUAUCGUGAGGGUAGAGAGAAAAGGCACAGAAAGAAACUAUAUGUUAGCCUAGGUACGAUGGAUGGGGGCCUGUGGUAUACUUACCUUACCAGCCUCAUUGUUAAACUUGGUUUUGAAAUUGGCUUCUUGGUUUUAUUUUACAAGCUAUAUGAUGGCUUCAGUGUUCCUUACCUUAUGAAGUGUGAUCUGAAGCCUUGUCCCAACACUGUGGACUGCUUCAUGUCCAGACCCACCGAGAAAACCAUCUUCAUCCUCUUCAUGGUGGUUACCUCAUGCCUGUGUAUUGUGUUGAAUUUCACUGAACUGAGCUUUUUGAUUCUCAAGUGCCUUCUUAAGUGCUGUCUCCAAAAAUACUCUAAAAGACCCAAGUUCUCAGUGUGUGAGUGCCCCAACCUCAGAUAUGUUGAAUGUGGUGAGGUGGGGGCCCCUCCGCUACUCCAGAAUCACCAUUCAGCCUCUGCCAUAAGCACAAAUCGGGAAAGUGAAACAAAGCUACUUUGCAACACACUGUAAGGUUAAACAAAGAAAACCUGCAUCCCUCCUAAGCAAGAACUAGGCUGGGAUGGGAAACAAAGGGUAUCAGCUUUCAUGUAAUUUGGGAGGAAUUAAUAAAAUUUUCAGUAUGU